AUGAAAUUCUCAUUAUUCAUACUAGGAUUAGUCCUUUUGGGCUCCAACUAUUCGGUUAAUGCUCACUUUGGUGCACUGAAAGAUAAAAUAUGUGGCACAGGACAAAGAGCAUUUUUCUGUAAACCCAAACCACCAAUUGUUCCCACUAUCACAUCUACUUUAAUACCUACUGGAAUUGAUCCCACAUCUCCCACUCUAACACCUAUUCCAACAACACCCACAACUACCGGCACCGGAACACCUACUACCGGAACAACUCAAACUACAAAUACUUCACCUACUACCGAUACUAAUACAAGUCCUACCACUGAAACUCCACCCAUUGAAACCCCACCAACAACCGAAACCCCACAAACAACAUCACCUCCUGAACCUACACCAGAUCCUGAUGAAGAAACUACAGCUGGAGAUGAGGAAGAAGAGACUACUCCAGAUGGUGGCAGAGCUUUGGAUGUUAACGAACAUGAUGAAGAAGAGCAUGAUGAUAAUGACAUUGAUUCUGAACUUAGUGAUGCCCGUGCACGUCGUGUCAAAACUCGUCGUAAUCGUCGUAUGCGCAGACGUAAAGUGACUCGUAGGAACAAGAAUCGUAAAGCUCGCAGAAACCGUAAAUUACGUCGCCGUAACCGUCAAAUCAAACGUAAUCGUAAAAUUCAACGUCGUAAUCGUAAGGCCCGCAGAAAUCGUCGUCGUGGCAUCCGUGUGGUACGCAGACGUGGUAGGAAGACAGUUGGUUAA